CCGUAGUUGCAAUCAAGAUGUUGUCUGCAAAGAAGAUUGACAUAAACCGCGAACUUUUAAUGGAACUAAAAAGGAUGAAAGAUCUCCACCACGACCAUCUGGUGCGGUUUAUCGGUAUGAGCAUCGAGUCACCGCACCAGGCCAUCUUCACCGAGUACUGCCCCAAAGGCAGUCUGCAAGACAUCCUGGAGAACGAGCAGAUCAAGCUGGACUGGAUGUUCCGCUACAGUUUGAUGCAUGACAUUGUCAAGGGCAUGGCGUACCUGCACAGCAGUGAGAUCCGGGUCCACUCCAAACUCAAAUCGUCCAACUGCGUGGUCGACAGUCGAUUCGUGCUGAAAAUAACCGACUUUGGUCUGCAUCAGCUCGACACGGACGACGAAAACCAAAACCUCGACUCGUAUGUGUAUUGGAAACGACGAUUAUGGACGGCUCCUGAGCUCCUGCGAACCGCGCAGCCCAUGGGCCACAUCCGCGGCACGCAGAAGGGGGACGUCUACUCAUUCGCCAUCAUCGUUCAGGAGAUCAUUAUGCGCAUGGGGCCGUUCUUUGUGCACAACGAGAUAUCGCCAAAAGAGAUCGUCGAGAACGUACGAAACGGCCAGAAGCCGCCGUUCCGGCCGGCUAUUGACGACGACAUGGCGGAUGAGGAGGUACUGCAGAUGAUGCGACGCUGCUGGUCGGAGGACCCCGUCGACCGACCCGAUUUCCACGCGCUUAAAGGCAUCAUCCGGCGACUGAACAA